UUAAAUAUUCUGGUUGACACUGGGAGCAGUAAUUUUGCUGUAGCAGGUGUGCCUGAUCCUGAUGUCACCACCUACUUCAAUACUGAGCUGUCAAGUACAUACAAAUCUCGAGGGAUUGAUGUCACAGUUAAAUACAGUCAAGGAAGCUGGACUGGAGUGCUGGGUACAGAUGUCAUUACUAUCCCCAAAGGAGUUUAUGGCAGCUAUACCAUCAACAUUGCUACCAUUCUUGAAUCAGAGAAUUUCUUCUUACCAGGGGUUAAAUGGCAGGGGAUUCUUGGUCUUGCCUACAAUGCCUUAGCCAAGCCUUCAAGUUCUGUGGAGACAUUCUUUGAUUCUCUUGUGAGUCAGGCAAAGAUCCCCGACAUUUUCUCCCUGCAGAUGUGUGGUGCUGGACUGCCUGUUUCUGGAAGUGGUACCAACGGAGGUAGUCUUGUUCUGGGUGGAAUCGAACCAAGUCUGUACAAGGGUGAUAUUUGGUACACACCGAUCAAAGAGGAGUGGUAUUACCAGGUUGAAAUUCUCAAACUGGAGGUCGGAGGACAGAACCUUGAAUUAGACUGCAGAGAGUAUAAUGCUGAUAAAGCGAUAGUAGACAGUGGGACCACCCUCCUCCGUCUGCCCCAGAAAGUGUUCAGUGCUGUGGUGCAAGCAAUAGCUCGCACAUCGCUGAUACAAGAAUUCUCUUCUGGUUUCUGGACUGGUUCACAGCUUGCAUGCUGGGAUAAAACUGAAAGACCCUGGUCCUUAUUUCCCAAACUCUCCAUUUACCUGAGGGAUGAAAACUCCAGUAGAUCGUUUCGAAUCUCCAUCCUACCACAGCUUUAUAUUCAACCCAUCCUUGAAAUAGGAGAGAAUUUACAGUGCUACCGAUUUGGCAUCUCUUCCUCCACGAAUGCUCUAGUUAUUGGUGCUACAGUCAUGGAAGGCUUCUAUGUAAUAUUUGACAGAGCACAGAGGAGAGUGGGCUUUGCAGUGAGUCCAUGUGCAGAAGUUGAUGGCUCUCCAGUAUCUGAGAUUGAAGGCCCUUUCACAACAGCAGAUGUUGCAAGCAACUGUGUUUCUAGCAUUUCUUUCCACGAACCAGUGUUGUGGAUUGCCUCCUAUGCUCUCAUGAGCCUCUGUGGAAUUAUCCUCCUUGUACUGAUCAUCCUGCUGCUUAUUCCACCACGGUGUCAGCAUCGCUACACCGACAAUGACGUGGUCAAUGACGAAUCCUCCUUAGUGCGUCAUCGAUGGAAAUGAGAAACUUGAUCAUGAACCCUGGGACUUAAACAAAAUGAAGAACAAAAUAUUUUGCCAAGGGGAAGAAGCCAAUGCCUCAGUUCUUUUUACGUUCGUUACAAAUUGCUGUCAAAAUCCCGCCAAAUAUCCUACAUCAUAACUUUUUAAGCUUUAUUUUCUAACACUGAUUCUGAACCAAAGCACUGUUAACCACCUCUGAAGUGCUACGGUACUGGAUUUGCUACUGCAGUACAAUGAGCCUUUAUGCUCUUAAUAGUACCUUCUUUUUAAAAA